AUGUUUGGAUCCCACCCCGGCCACUCCUCGUGUGGAUCCACGCGCCACGAGCGGUCCCGAGCUCGUGGCUGUGGCGGUGCUUCUUCCUCCCACUCCCACCUCCACGGCAUCCCCGACCUUCCACCGCCACAGAGGCAAUACAUCAACGUGCCACAACGAAGUUGCAGAACAUGGGUGGCGGAGAUAAUCGACCGCAACGCCCACGAGAAGAUAUGGGUCGGCUCCUUCCAGUCCGCCGUGCAGGCGGUGCGACAGUAUGACAUCAUGUCGGUCCUCCUGCACGACACUGACGCUCGCCUCAACUUCCUUGAGGGGCUGCCGUGGAUGGAACCCGUCGACCCGACUGUGGCCACCGCACGGGAGAGGAGGGAAGACCGGGAGGCCCGCGAGCACCUCGUGGCAUCCCACGCCGUUGAGGACUACAUGGCGGAGCUCCGACGCCACUACUCGAAGCGCAUUGAGACCGAGCGCCGGCUGUACAUGCAGUACGCGGCUGGGACAAGGCCGGUCAUCGGUCUCUCCAGUGACUUCGAUGGCGGGUGUGACGGCGACGGUGGUGGCAACGGUGCACGACAUGACCCUAUGAUUUGA